AUGGCCGAGAACGAAGCGCGCCAGUGGACGUUCGUCCUCAUUCUGACCGCGCUCCUCCUUUCCCUCGUCGUACUCUCCCAGAUCCUGACAACGUAUAUCACUGCCUAUCGUGUCGCUCCCAACGAGAUCACAUCUUUUAUCGAUGCCGUCGACUUUUCGGUCGAGGAGAACGAGAGCUACGAUCGCGAUGUUGCUAAGGUUCAGCGCCUUGAAGAUAAGCUCCGCUUAGGGCGACUUCUGCGCGAGAUCCAAAAGGGCGGCGAUGACCUGCGUGAAGAGAUCAACUUGCUGCUUCUCUCCGAAGACACCACUUCUCUACGCCUGAGCGCCCGCCUUCUCUGGGCGAGCAAGCGCCGCGAUCUCGAGGAGCGUGUGCGCCGGCUGGAUCUCGUGAGGAUGCGCUUCCUCGUAGUAUACAUGGGUGUGGUCGCGGAUCGGGCAAACGUCACAGCAGAACGUCAAAUGCCCGUCGCAACACCAACGACACCGCAAAGAGACCCGGAAAAGACACCUGUUUCCCCUUUCACGCCCUCAAUGACCAACCUAAACGCCCACUUGACGCGCGCCUUAACGGAGGAGAUUCGAGAGCGGCCGCCGCUGCGAAGGCUAACUACCCAAGCUAUCGGUCAUCGCGAGACUACGCAACCCGGGCACAAGCUGGGGUGGGCGGGUGUGGUUCAGGAACUGCAAAAGAGUCCCCGGAUGCACAAGCGACGCUCCUCCAUCGAAAGAUCCAUCGAACAAGAGUUGGCCAACUCCAAGCUGACGAUUUGA